AUGGAUCCAGUUGCAACCCCAGUCCUCACUGUAGCACCCCCAAACCUCAAAGGUGCCAACUUUUCUGAGUUUUCAAGAUGCUGCCUUUUUACAUGCCCAGUGCCCAGCACUGUAUGCAGAGCAGGGAACAUGGUAAAGAAAGGAGAAAGAGGUCUGCUUACUGCAGAAAGGAACGACUUGGGCAGCAAAGGAGCUGGUAGCUGGGAAGCAAAAAUGGAACCUGUCGCUACAACCACAGUAGAAGAUCGGGAAGGAGAGGUGCCUUUCAUUACCACAGCACCUACAAUGACAUUACUAAAUCAUCACCCACUUUUAGAGGGACUUCUCCAUGAGACGAUCAUGAAAAAGGAUUUCCAACAUUUAUCACCCUAUUUCACAAGGAUCAAACCAGAACAGAAGGUUGGUAGUUUGAAAGACAAUCCAACUACAAAGACAAACAUUCCUUUGGGCAAUCUUGCCCAUCCAGGCCAUGUUUCUGGAUUCCAUGAUGAAUCUGCAACCCCAACAGUGCCACUGAUACCUUCCACAAUGAUUAUGGACACUACAUCUGUUGUUACUGAGAAGAGCAAGGAGAUGAGUAAUCCUCAAAAACCAUUACAGUUGACUCCCAUCCUGACCCCCUCUGUCAAUCAUGUUUUACCCCUUACUGAGAAAACUAAAGUUGUUUCUGAUUCCCACCAAGCUAUAAGCCAUGUUGAGCCUCCUACAUUGAAAGCUAUAACUAACUCUUAUACAGAACCAUCACAUUUUAGAGAUGAUGCUUCUUUCCAGGCUACUUCUGUAAGUACAAAUACUGCUAAAAUUCGACCAAGUUCAAAUAUGUGGGAUAUGAGGAAGGUCACUUCCUCCAUUUCAUCAUCUCCAGUUACAGCUUAUGAAGAGGAGGAAGAAACCACAACCAGUACUAUAAUUACCACAACUGUUAUCACUACAGCACCAGCACCAGAGCCUUGCAGCAAAAACUUUUCUGGAACAGAUGGAAUCAUUCUGUCUCCAAUUUACAAAAGUGCAGUGUAUAACACUGGAUUGGACUGCAGUUAUGUUAUCCGUGUAUAUUCGGGCUACGGAGUUGAAAUAAAGGUGCAAAAUAUCAGCUUAUCGGAAGGAGAUACAGUAACCAUUGAGAAUUUGGAAGGGGUGGAGCCUACAAUCUUGGCCAAUGAAUCUUUUCUAAUGAGGGGUCAGGUGAUUCGUAGCCCAACUAAUCAAGUUAUGGUCCACUACCAGAGUCUGCAGCAAAGCAAUCCCAGCAGAUUUCACUUCUAUUACCAAGCGUACCUGCUAAGCUGUGGGUUCCCACAAAGACCUGCUUAUGGGGAUGUAUCUGUUACAAGCCUGCACCCUGGGGGAGAAGCAUACUUCUACUGUAAUACAGGCUACCAACUACAUGGAACACAUAUACUCACAUGCUUGAAUGCAACCCGACCCUUCUGGAGCAACCAUGCACCUCAUUGUGUAGCUGCCUGUGGGGGGCUCAUUAGAAACAUUACCACUGGACGUCUUGUUUCUCCAAACUUUCCUGGUAAUUACAGCAAUAACUUGACUUGUCACUGGGUGCUUGAAGCUUCACCAGCAGAAAGACUGCACUUGCACUUUGAGAAGGUGGCCCUGGCCGAAGAUGAUGACAGACUCAUCAUCAGGGACGGAAACACAAUUGACUCCCCUCCUGUUUAUGACUCCUAUGAAGUAGAGUAUCUCCCAAUAGAAGGUUUGCUCAAUAGUGGUCGGCACUUCUUUAUUGAGCUGACCACUGACAGCACUGGCACCUCUACAGGGGUUGCACUUCGAUACCAAGCAUAUGAACAUGGUCACUGUUAUGAACCUUUUGUUAAAUAUGGAAAUUUCACAAGCAGUGACCCAACUUUUGCUGUGGGUACAAUAGUGGAAUUUACUUGUGACACUGGAUACACCUUGGAACAAGGAUCGACUAUUAUUGAGUGCCAGGAUUCGGCUGAUCCUCAGUGGAAUGAGACAGAACCAGCAUGUCGAGCUGUUUGCAGUGGGGAGAUCACAGAUUCUGCUGGGGUUGUGUUGUCACCCAACUGGCCAGAAGCAUAUGGUAAGGGACAGGACUGCAUCUGGGGUAUCCAUGUGGAAGAAGAGAAGAGAAUCCUACUUGAUAUACAAGUCUUGCACAUUGGCAAGAAUGAUAUUCUCACUUUCUAUGAUGGUGAUGACUUGACAGCCCGGGUGUUGGGCCGCUACACAGGAACCCACAGUCACUUCAAACUCUACUCAUCAAUGGCAGAUGUCAUUGUACAGUUUCAGACAGACCCUGGCAGUAAUGUUUUUGGAUACCAGCAAGGCUUCAUCAUCCACUUUUUUGAGGUACCAAGAAAUGACACCUGUCCUGAAUUGGCUGAAAUCUCUAAUGGCUGGAAAACAACAUCCCAGUCCGAGCUGGUCCAUGGUACAGUGGUUACCUACCAGUGCUACCCAGGAUAUGAGAUCACUGGAGCUGAGCUUCUCAUGUGUCAGUGGGAUCUGACCUGGAGUGGAGACCUUCCAUCAUGUGAAAGAGUGACCUCCUGCACAGAUCCUGGUGAUGUGACCCACAGCCGCAGAAUUCUCACUAAUUCCAAGUUCCCUGUAGGCAGCACAGUGCGUUACGUUUGUGACAAGGGAUAUGUCCUCACAGGAAGCAAUACCAUCACUUGCUACAGCCGCCAGGCUGGUGUCCCCAAAUGGAGUGACCGUGCCCCCAAGUGUGUCCCAGAGAAAUAUGAGCCCUGUUUUAAUCCUGGGACCCCAGAAAAUGGACGUCAGGAACCAGAAAAGAGAAUGUACCAGCCAGGGGAGGCUGUCAGAUUUUUAUGCAUGACAGAAUAUAUGUUAAUGGGGGAGCAGAGCCUAAAAUGUAUCCCUGGACACCCUUCUCAGUGGAGCGGCUCACUACCCAGCUGCAAAGCCUCAUAUAAAGAAUUUUACAGUGACAAGAGUGUUGAAGCUGUACAAAAGGCAGCAGCUUCAGUCCUCCCUCUGGAUAGCUCUCACAUCCUGCUGGCUGUUUUUAUCCCAAUUAUCAUGGUGGCUCUGGUUAUUUCAGCUAUUUACCUGUAUUUCUCCAAGAUCCAAGGAAAAUCUCCCCUCCGCCUGCCGCUAUCGUCGUCUCCAUCAUAUGAUCAGGUCACUGUUGAAUCUGCCUUUGACAAUCCUACAUUUGAAACUGGGGACACAAAGGAAUAUGAAGUGUCCAUAUAGAAUUAUGCCCUAACAUGAUCAGCUUCAGUCAUGAGAAAACAAAGUUAGAAGGUCACCAUUUUCUGACUGGUGUAUGAGAUGGACGCUUCCCAUUUUGUGAUUCUUCUUGAUUCCUAAAAUGGCUGAACAGAACAUAUUACCCAAGGUAGAGGCACAGACACACUCCAGGGCAGUCACGUUGGCCUGUACCACAACUCACUGACUUGACAUGGCUGCCACCCCAAGUAAUCUUACUUUGUCCAGUAGCUGCUGCUGUUCUACCGACCUUCUACCAUGUGUUUCCGUGCAAGGCCUGAAUUCUCCUUCAUACAUCAAGAAAAGAUGUACCCACUAGUGGAAUAGACGUUUAAAGGAUAUAGUAUUGAGCGGAAGACACGUAGAAAUGCUUGAUCAGAUGAACAUGCAUGAAGAAAUCUCACAGCUGCACAGAAUACCUGUAUUUGUAUAAAUCAAUGAUAAAUAACAGAACAAAAAAAACAUUAAGGGGGCAGACUGAGCCUAUGUGGGUUCUACCUACAAGUGGAUGUUGAGUUGGCUUUAAUACCUGGAAACUUUUCUAGUUUCCAUGUGUUACUUCCAUCUUGACAGUAAAGCACUUUUAUGUAUGACCUGCUAAGUGUGUAUUUGUCUACAUAUAUGUAAAUAUAAAUUUAUAUAUUUGUUAAUAUAAGGUGAAUUGAGCACUUCCAUAU